AUGGCUACCACUAGCAAUCCGCCACCAGCGACAACCGCAACUGAGCGUACAUCGCUACUCGAGAAUACUCAGCGUGACGAUGACGAAUCCACAUUAGGAGAAACGCCAGAUACUUCUGAUCCCCCUCGUGCUCCGACGAGUUUCGGGGUUUUAGCAGUUCUACUGAUUGGAGGUGCUUUUAUUUCAAACUCAGAUGGGUCUCUUGUCCUCGCGACAUACGGAAACAUCUCAUCUCAUUUCAAUGACUUCGAAAGUGGGAGGUGGCUUCUCACAUCUGCUAUGCUCGCGUCAUGCGCAGCGCAACCUAUUUAUGGUAAACUGAGCAAUAUCUAUGGACGUAAAGUAAUUUUGCUCUUGAACUAUGUUCUUUUUGGGCUUGGAUCUGCGAUAUCUGGGUCUGGACAGUCUAUGGGUCAAAUCAUCUUUGGACGAGUAGUGGGAGGCACAGGAGCUGCUGGUAUGGUGUCCAUGGUUUCUAUCCUGAUAUCUGAUCUCGUUCCUAUGAAAGAAGUAGCUACCUAUAGAAGCUAUGUCAACGUAAUAUCGACUACAGGCCGCAGUAUAGGAGGUCCACUUGGUGGCUAUAUAGCUCAAAAUUUCGGUUGGAGAUGGUCAUUCUACUUCCAAUGUCCAAUAGCUCUCUUAGCUUUCGUCCUGGUCGCCUGGCAGCUAAAACUCCCAAAGACCAACACCCACGUCAAGCAAUCCCACUGGGAAAAGUUCUCUCGCAUAGACUUCCUAGGCUCACUCUUCCUCUCCCUCUCCAUAGUACUAAUCCUCCUCUCCCUGGAUCUCUUCGCCAAAGCAAAGUACCUCUCAGAUGCCGUACCCAUAGCCUCAAUAUCCAUCGGCCUCGCAUCCCUCAUAACAUUCUGCCUCAUCGAAAAAUACCAGGCCUCCGAACCAAUCUUCCCCCUAAAACUCCUCGUCCAAAGAGACGUAGUAUCCUGCUACGCAAUCCUCGCCCUCCAAAGUGGCGCUCAACUUACAUUAAUGUCCACCAUCCCCCUCUACUUCCAAAUCACCCUCCGCGCCACCCCCGGCAAAGCAGGUCUCUACCUCAUCUCCGCCGUCCUCGGCAACACGUUUGGCGGCAUCCUGACCGGUAUCUACAUCAAGCGCUCCGCCAAAUACCUACUCCCCACCAUCCUCUCCGGGGUGUUCGGCUGCAUCACCUACACUCUCCUCAUCAUCCGCUGGAACGGCCACACCUCUUUCCCCGAAUCCUUAUAUGUCUUCGGCGGCGGUCUCGCGCUCGGGACGUCUUACUCGGCGUUGUUUAUCGCGGUGGCGGCGUGUGUGAGUGAGGAGGAAUUCGCGAUUGCCGGGUCGGGAUUGUAUAUGUUUUCGAGUAUUGGGACGGUGGCGGGGAUUAGUAUCUCAGGCGCUUUGUUUAAGUGGGGGGCUGGGAAGGGAGUUAAUUUUCACUUGAAAGGGGUCAAGAAUGGGUUGCAGAUUGCAAACCGAGCUCUUGAGGAUAUUGAGUAUAUCAACACGCUUAGUGAGAAGAUACAUAGACUAGUCGUUUCUGGGUAUCUGAGCGGGUUCAAAGCAGCUUUUGCUUUCUCGCUCGCAAGCGCUGCCAUCUCACUUAUCAUAGCUGUCACGGAAGUCAAGGAGGGGGAUGCUGCUUCCACCACAAGUCUCAUAGAAGCCUAG